AUGGAUGGUCUGGGCGAUGCUGGCGCUGGCAGUUCGGUACACUUCGUCAGUCAGCCGCCCGCCCCGUUCAGAACGCAAAUUGAAGCGAGCAAUGCCUUCGCCGCCCACGCCCGCCAGAUCCUACAAUCCGACCUCGAGACGCCGAGCAUCAGCCGCGUCCAGGCCCUUCUAAUGUUGACCGGACACGACUGGGGAGCAGGAAAUGGGCGCAGAGCAUGGAUCUAUCUCGGCAUGGCGAUUCGACUCAUAGAGGUCAUGGAUAUCACACAGGAGCUCAAAGGCCCCAAGAACCGCAAGCCCACGCGCGAGGAGUUCGUUGAAGCGGAGGUGCGCCGGCGAACAGCCUGGACCUGCUUCUUGAUGGACUCGCUGCUUAGCGGCGGCAGAGGGCGCAAGCGAUCGCUGGCAGCCAGCGAUAUGGCUAUCCAGCUUCCCUGCGAGCGGGAGGACUUCGUCUUUGGUGAGCCUGUCUGCACGCAGCGUCUCGACGGGUCGAUACACAUGCCUCCGCUGUCGCUGUCGAUCGGGGAGCUUGGUAUUAUCGCUUACAGCCUUCGUGCUGCCAAUAUCUGGGGUAAAGUAGCGCGGUGGGCGUGCUCAGAGGAGCUCAAGACGCAGCUUCCCCUGGUCGAAAACUGGAAGAGCUCCCUACCGCCCCGACUGCAAUACGAAUUGUUCUCGCUACACAGCCAUAACGCCAUGGAUCAGGGGCAAGCGUAUUGCUAUAUGCAUUGCAUAUACUUCAUGAGCUAUAUGUUCCUUCACCGAGCCUACCUGCCCGUUCUGGGACCACAGAACAUACCAGAAGAAGCACUCCACGAGUACAGCGAACACAGCGAAAGGUGGAAGAUGUGGCAGAAAUCCUCGCGGAGGGACCUGUUCAAUGAAGCCUCCAUGGUCCUCGAUAUGCUUGAGGAGAUGCGCAACUUUGGCGUCUACUUCCUGCGCGGUCUGGUGCCGUGGAUUGGUUUCACAAUCUAUACUGCUGUAGGUGUGAUGCUGUACAGCUACAACUUCCCGUCCGGCGAAGAUGAUCCGCGAGUCACGGAGAAGGCGCGAGAGCGCGUCAUUCGGGGUUGCACUUUUCUAAAAGAGAUGAAGAAUCAGUGGCCUAUGUCGGACACGUGGUUCGAGACGAUCAAACGCAUGCAGGCUUAUUACCGCACUGUACUGGGACAGGGCGGGCCGGUGUCGCCUGAUGAGCGCCAGGCGCUGCGACGUGCCAUGGUCGAUUACGGUGCCUUGCAGCCGUCGCCCGUGCAGAAACCGGUGGACGCAAACGUCGUUCGGAGUAGCAUUGCGCAAGAGCAACCUCCCACCACUGCGCCUGCACAACAGCAGUUGGUCUCGCCACCUGAGUCUACCCCGAACGGUUAUGCCUCGAAUUUUGGCUGGAACGGACAGCAUGCCAUUCCGCCUAUCGAGGACGACGACUCUCUGAAAUUGAACUUCGACUUUACUAGCGCAGAUAUGGAGGAGAUGAUGAGGGGGACGCGACGCAGGAGUUUUGGGCGUCUUUCCCGGGAGAAGUCGGUGUAG